CUCAGCGAGAGAGGAUGCGAAAGGAGUGCAGGGGAGGGAUAGAGAGAAGGAAAGCGCCAGUGAAAAAGUCAGCAGUAUGGUGCAGGGCAUGAUUAAAAUGAUAUCAACAGCAGCAGAUAGCGCGUUUAUUGACCUGGGGGCUCCGCAAUGAAAGGUUUAUUGAAAGGGACACUUUGAGAUAUGAUGAGCUUUCUUUUUGGUUGGCAAUAGUACUAUGAUUUGGUAUGUGGCCACUUUGAUAGCAAGUGUAUUCAGCACCCGAGGAACGGCAGCUCAAGGUGCCCACGGCGUGCGAGAGGAGCCCCAGUUUGUGACGGCGCGCGCUGGAGAGAACAUCAUCUUGGGAUGCGACGUGGCCCACCCCCUGAACGGCCAGCCCUACGUGGUGGAGUGGUUCAAGUUCGGAGUGCCCAUCCCCUUCUUCAUCAACUUCCGCUUCCACCCGCCUCAUGUGGACCCAGAGUACGCCGGCCGAGCCAGUCUGCACGGCAAAUCUUCUCUGCGGAUUGAGAAGGUGCGUUCAGACGACCAGGGAUGGUACGAGUGUAAGGUCCUGAUGUUGGAGCAGCAGUACAACACCUUUCACAACGGCAGCUGGGUGCACCUCACAGUAAACGCUCCCCCCAAUUUCACGGACACGCCGCCACUGUACGUUGAGGCCAAGGAAGGCGGCAGCAUCACCCUGAGCUGCGUUGCUUCCGGCAACCCCAAGCCCUCCAUCAACUGGCUCCGGGAGGGCGAGCCCGUGGAGGACAGCAACAAGUACAAGGUGUCUGAUGGGAGUCUGACGGUGCUGUUGGUCAGCCGCGAGGACAGAGGGGCAUAUACCUGCCGAGCCUACAGCAUCCAGGGGGAGGUGGUCCACACCACACGCCUGCUUGUCCAAGGGCCACCAUUCAUCGUGUCCCCUCCCCAGAACCUGACGGUGAACAUAUCCCAGGCCGCCAAGCUGGACUGCCUGGCCGAGGCCUACCCUGGCAACCUCACCUACACCUGGUUCUGGGAGGACGACAACGUCUUCUUCAAGAAUGGCCUGAGGGACAGGGUCAGUAUUCUGGUGGACGGCUCGCUCAUCAUUGGUAGUGUGAAGCCAGAGGAUGCUGGGAGAUUCACCUGCAGCCCCAGCAACAGCCUGGGCCGGCCCCCAUCCGCCUCGGCCCAGCUCACAGUGCAAUACCCUGCUCGUGUCAAAGACAUGCCACCUGCUAUCUAUGUGGCCAUCGGCCUGCCAGGCUUCAUCCGCUGCUCGGUGGACGCCAACCCGCCCGCCACGCUGGUCAAGUGGACCAAAGAUGGCAACCCUCUCCGGAUAGAGAAGUACCCUGGUUGGAGCCAAAUGGAGGACGGGAGCAUCCGCGUGACUGAGGUGACGGAUGACUCUCUGGGCACCUACACCUGCAUGCCUUACAAUGCCCUGGGCUCCGAGGGUUGGUCCGAUCCCACUCCCCUGGUGCUAAAGGAUCCCCCCAAGUUCUCGAUUGUUCCCGGAGGGGAGUACAGGCAGGAGGCUGGGAGAGAGCUGGUCAUCCCCUGUGCGGCUGACGGAGAAUUUCCCUAUCCCAACAUCACAUGGAGGAAGGUAGGGAAGCCCAGCAAAAGCAAGCACAAUGUCCUCCCCUCCGGCAGCUUACAGUUCAAGUCCCUGAGCAAGGAGGACCACGGGGAGUGGGAGUGUGUGGCCACCAACGUCGCCACAAGCAUCACUGCCAGCACGCACCUCCUAGUUAUUGGCACAAGCCCCCAUGCCCCGGCCAACGUCCACGCGGCGGUCUCCACCACCUGGGCCAACGUGUCAUGGGAGGCUGGCUACGAUGGCGGCUUCGAGCAGACAUUAUCAGUCUGGGUGAAGAGGGAGCAGCUGGGCCCACAUGACUGGCUGUCUAUGCUCGUGCCUUCUGGCCAGACGUGGCUGGUAGUGCCCGGCCUGGAGCCCCAGACGGCCUACCAGUUCAGUGUCCUUGCGCAGAACAAGCUGGGCACGGGCCCCUUCAGCGAGGUCGUCACUGUGAACACACUAGUAUUUCCUAUAAGUACCCCUGAACCACUGGUGCUGCUUACCUCACCACGAUGCCUCAUAGCCAAUCGGACGCAGCAGGGCGUCUUGCUCAUGUGGAUCCCGCCGGCCAACCACACGGCUCCGAUUGAACGCUACGUCAUGGAGUUCCGCCUGGGGGAGAGGUGGGAUGUCCUAGACGAUGCCAUCCCCGCCGGAGAGACAGAGCUGCUAGCCAGAGACCUCAUUCAGGAGGCAUGGUAUGAGUUCCGGGUCAUGGCGGUCAUGGAGGAACUGGUCAGCGAGCCCAGUAACACAGUAGGAGUGUCCAGUACAGACUUCUUCCCGCCCCCGGAAAUGGUAGAUGAGGGGGGGCUGGCGCGGCCGGUGGUGGCUGGCAUCGUGGCCACCAUCUGUUUCCUGGCGGCUGCUGUCCUCUUUAGCACACUGGCAGCCUGCUUCGUCAACAAGCAGCGCCGACGCAAGCUCAAGAGGAGGAGAGACCCCCCUCUCUCGAUAACACAUUGCAGAAAAAGCGUGGAAACUCCGACUCCUCUUAGCCCAUUGCCCGGCAUAGAGCCCUACUGUGAGGGGCCAGACGCCAGCAGCUACCAGCCCCCGCCCUCCAGCCCUCAGUCCUCCUCUGGUAAGGUGAGUCCGGAGAGUAUGCGUUCCAUGGGACCACCAUCAGAGUGUUCCGAGGACGGCAAUGGCAUGAGCAUGAAGAAGAUCCCCCCGAGUCCUGCGAAGAAGGAAGAACUCUCUCUGUACAAGAAAACCAAGCGAGCAAUAACGAGCAAAAAGUACAGUGUCUCCAAGUAUGAAGCGGAGGCAACCACGCCUAUCGAGCUGAUCAGCCGAGGCCCUGACGGACGCUUCGUCAUGGACCCCAGCGACAUGGAGAUGAUUUCCGUCAAGCCACGGCGAAUUGAGGGCUUCCCCUUCGUCGAAGAGUCGGACCGCUAUCCCGAAUUCCGCCAGUCGGAUGAGGAGAACGAUGAUCCCGGGCCCAUGCCCCCCGUCAUGGCAACCCUUCGACCUCACCAACUCUCCCCCAUCUCCAGCCAGGAGUCUUACCUGCAGCCACCAGCCUACAGCCCCCGCUUCCAGAGGCCCAUGGAAGGUAUGACCAUCAUGGAGAGCAGUCGGCUCCAGGCCAUGGGGCAGAUCCAAGGCUCCCUGCACCAUAGAGCCUUCCCUCACAGCCACGGUCACUUCUACGGGUACCUUGGCAGCCCUGGGGAACCCGACCCUCCACCCCCUUUCUAUAUGCUUGACACCAGCCCUCUGAGCUCUGUCAUGUCGUCACCCCCUUAUCACCCCGAAGGGCCCUUUGGUCACCCCCACAUCCCUGAGGAGAUGGGGGAAGGAGAUAUUCAUCACUAUGCCGUCUCAAGCUUUCCCCUUCCCCUGACACUCACCUCUUCCUCUCGCUCCCCGGAGAUCUGGCACAGACCCGAUUUUCCCUUUGCAAGUCUGGAAAGGCCCCACUUCAUUUUCCCACCCCACCACCCUUUGCAUCUACACCGGGAACCCUUCUUUCCUCCUCCCCAUGUUCUUCCCCCUGUUGUUCUCCAGCCCUCCUCUCUCCAGGUGCCAUCCUACUCCGGUGUCCUGCAGCUGGAGGCCCCAAAGAGCCGUCCAGGCAAGUCUCCCAGCAAGGUCAAGCCUCAGGGCCUUCCAGCCAAGCAUUUAGCUAUGCAAGAGGCGCAGAGUCUAGGCAAGCUAAGACACACAAGCCACAGUAUGGGUGUGCCGGUUUUGCCUUACCCCGACCCAACAGCCCUCAUGGGCGGCCCUAGCACAUUCAGUAGCCUGGACACCCGGUGGUUCGAGCCCACCCCCCGGCUCAGCCCCAGGCAGGCUCGUAGGAUGGAGCCUAGCAUGAUGGUCCUCCAACCUUCCCGCCUCUCACCCCUCACCCAGAGUCCCCUUAGUUCCCACGAGGGCUCCCCAGAGAUUGUAGUGCGACCGCGUCCCCGUCCCAGCUUCGUCCAGCCCUCCAUACCUCCAGAGAUGUCCGAGAUCACCCUGCUUCCCCCCUCUUCAGUCAGCUUCUCCCGGAGUUCCUCUCCCUCUUCCUCUCCCGCCCAUGGUCAGGUUAGCAGGAGGGCAAGUCCCAGCUACCGCUCCCACAUGGCCUUUGCCACCUCCGUCACAAGCUACCCGUCCCAGUCCCCGUCACCCCCCAUGGAAAGCAGCAACAUGUUUGGGCAGAUCCCAAGUGAUCCCAUUGGGCAGAUACCAUCCCAGAGGAGAACUGAGGAGGAGGUCCUACCGUCCGAGCCCUCUCCACCCCAGUUGUCAGCUUCAGGAAAUCGUCGAGGUGAGCCAAUUGCCCCUGCGGGGUCUGAGAGGUUUGAUGCAUUGAGAUACCAACGUAUUAAAAAGGCCAAGAAGAUAAUGGUGGUCAACAACAACAACUCCAAGUCCAGAAGAAACACAGGUGUCUCCACCUCUCAGACCCAGCAGGACUACACCUCUCAGGGACUCCAUGCCGAAGAAGCUCUCUACCUCCGCAAGAAGAAGAAACGGCCGGUCAGACAGGACCCGUAUGCCCGCUUCUCCGCUCUGCUGUACCGCCGCCCGCCCCGGGAGGACCAGAAGGCCAUUUUGGCCAGCAUGGACAACAUGGACCCAGACCAUGUCACUCUCCUCUGACACCGUGGGGGAGUCAGGUUACACUCUUCCCCCAAAAUGCCACAAAACCCCACCUGGAAAAUGGCCCCUCAGUCUAAAACGUUGCUCAUUCCCCAGCAUCAAUCAAUGGUUUGAAGUUCCUUUUUAAAAGAAAUUGAAAGUAAAACAGUGGCUAUCCAAUGUCUCCAAAGUUUUACUCCAGUGCAAAACAUUUCAUUUGAGGGAAGCAAUACUGUGUGCUUCAACAUAGAUUCCUUUCAAACAAAUGUUCUAACCAUUUGGAAAAGAACCCAUCUGUCUGAGGUUUUCAUUUUCUAUCUCAUCUUUAUACUUCAGUACAGGCUUAGCUCAUGGCCCCAUUGUCAAAACAGCCCAUGAAGCCUAGUUAGGUCUCAGUUUACAGCACCUUGCUCACCCGAGUAUCCUCACCUGCCUCACUCUGCCAGCCCUCUAUCACCUCCCAGAGACUCUCCCAUCCACACAAGGUUCUCACUCACAUCCUACAAAAUAUACCUCAGAGCACAGGACAUGGCACCACAACGACAAGGCUCAGCUAGCUGAACACAAAUGUACUGGCGUAUAUGUUUUUAUGAUCUUAUAACUUAUUUAAGCAGGGUUUUGUUGAAAUUUGACACAAUUUUAAUAACUCCAAAUUUAAAAAUCCAAUUGGUCACAAUAUAUACCAAAAUAUGGUUAGGUUGAUGUAGGUCUACUAUCAGUUGUAGAAUGAUAUCAUGCAGAUCAAAAAUCUAUCCCUGGUCUCUGGUCUGUUGACACACCAUAAAUGAAGUGUUCAUAAUGGCUAUUAGGGAAAUGGAGCAUGUUAUGCUUUACAUAUUUGAUAUAUGUGCCGUUUAGAUAUUCUUUAUAAACAUAAAUUCAAUUUUAUUCUCCCUUAACCCCAUAAAGGAAUGGUCAGUAAUUCCCCUUAUGGGGAAGAUCUGUCAUAAAGUAAGCACAAAAGCUCAUAGAUCUAUUUUGAAUAGGGCGAGGGGAAGGGAUUAAAUUAGAAUUAUGCUCCAUUUGAACAGAACAGGUACUACACUGUAGGCUACUGUACAUCUCUCAAGGCAUGCAACCUCACACACUCUAUACAACACAUGCUACUGCCCUAGUUACUAUUCAGGUUGGACUUUGGGUGUGUCUCAUCGUCUGGGAAAGGAGUUUGCGCUGGAGCAAAAUUUUGGCUUUUGCCAUUUUGCUAAAUAAUGUUUGUUUUUCUCUUUAUUUGAUGCCAUCUUCACUUCUACUAUUACACUUACUGUAGCGUUGUGGAUAGUUCCGAGGGCUCCAUAUCCUAUUUAAAAAGUACUAUAGUAAUGCCAAAAAUACUACAACUUCCUUAAUCAAUAAAAACAUCAAAUGUACUGUAAUGAGAGGAGGAUAGGAUUUUGUGCCAUAGUAUACUAUAGUAUUUUUUCAUUCUUAUGGGAGGGCCUGAUUUGAUGAACAAGAGGCUUAUGAUGGCCUUUAUAGGGCUUCUUCUAGUUGCCUGCUUCAGUUUUGUUUAUUUGUUGGGGUCUUUUUUUGUCAUUAUUUUCUCAAUUGUUUAUGAAAGUAACUGCCUUUGAUGGCCAUUUGCUUUUUCUCUUCAUGUGCUUGGAAUUCCACAUGGUUGUGAUGAGGAGAAUGUCUCGACACUUGUCUAUUCUCCUCUGGAAAGAUCAAUGGAGGAGCUUCUUGUGGCAUAACAGGGCUACGCAGAGCGACUAAAGGUUUUAUUUUUUCAAAAAUGUGUUUUUCUGUCAUUGAAGGGUGCUUCUUUUUUAUAAAUUGACAUGUAUUAUCAUGUCGAUAUAGACAUAUCUGGGCUCAUUAAGGCUGAACUGUGUGUGUCAUGGCAAUGGGGGGUGAUCUGGUGGUGGUCAGAAAAGGAGAGGGGUGUUUGGAAUGGUUUCACCCAUACAUGUAGGAGCACAGGUGCUGCUGUGCACUUGAGACCAAUUGCUCAUAUGUUUUGGUUCAACUGUUUGGCUCACUGUUGGUUUGAUAUUUCUCUCAUUGGG